UCCCUCGCAGCCCCUGGACUACAGACCCUCUCCCCCAUGAUCACGAUGGAGUCAGGCCUCAACCCGCUGCCACAGUUCCCAGAAAACUCCUAUAAAAUGACGGAGGAGGAUGUGAAGAGGCUGAUUGAGUUCAGGGCGUCCAAUGAGGCUCUGUUCACCGGGAAAAGAAACUCUGCCAAGAUCGCGUGGAGCACCAUCCUGAAAGGUCUGGGCCUGGAGGGGAAGCUGACAGCCGACCAGAUCGCCAAGAAAUGGGACAACCUGCGGACGAAGUACAAGGACCUGAAGCAGCCCUACCAGGGUCAGGACAACAUCGGGGGCGUGGUGGAGUCGUGGCCCUGGUUCCACAUCAUGGAUGAAGCAAUGCAGGGUCGCCUCUACAACAGCAACCUGGUGCUGAGCCCGGAGAACGCCGCCAACACCGGUCACCGUGGCAACAGCCAACCCAACCAGAACCAGGAGAACACCGACAUCCUGGAGUUCCUCAUCAAGACGGAGAUGGAGGACACGGUGGCAGCAGAGGCGGCGGAGGACGAUGGGACGGUCCACACAGAGGCUCCUCCCACCGAGGGCGUGCCCAUGGGCUGGAGGAGGAUGACGGAGUGCUCCUAUAAGAUGACGGAGCCGGAGACGGAGCGGAUGAUCAAACUUCGAGCCGCCAACGAAGCGCUCUUCACCGGCAGGAAACAUUCAGCCAAACCGGCCUGGAGAGCCAUUCUAUAUGAACUGGGUCUUCAGGGGAAGCUGACCACGGAUCAGUUGGCCAAGAAGUGGGACAACCUGAAGAGGAGAUACAAGGAGCUGAAGUUUCCCGCUCGGGGGGUGGAGACGAACCCCAGCUCCUGGCCCUGGUUCUACCGAAUGAACGACGCCAUGGAGGGGCGCUUCGCCGGCGCCGCGCCCAUCCUCACGCCUAUCGUGGAGGACGAAGACGAAGACUGUGAGCCGCUGUCGCCGACGCCCAAGAAACGAGCCCGCCGGAGCCGGGGGGGGAUGGCGGAGUUCCUGACGGAGUCGGAGAUGGACCUGCUGGUGGAUAACGAGGAGAAGAACGGGUCGUCGGCGCUGGGGGAGCUGCACCGAAUGGCAGAGUUCACCUACAAGCUGACAGAAGAAGACACCAGGCGACUAAUUGAGUUACGAGCCGCUAAUGAGUCUCUGUUCACUGGGAGGAGAAACACGGCGAAACCAGCCUGGAGGGGAAUAGUGAAGGAGAUGGGUCUGACCGGGAAGAUAACACCUGACCAGGUGGCCAAGAAGUGGGACAACCUGAAGACCAAAUUCAAGGACCUGAAGUUCCCUCCCCGGGGGAUGGAGAACCAGACCAACCCGGCCUCGUGGCCCUGGUUCCAGCUGAUGAGCGACGCCCUGGAGGGACGUCUGGCGGGGAAAGCUCCCAGAGUGACGCCCGUUUGGACCAACGAGGAGGACGGCGUCUUCGGCUCGUCCCCGCCUCCCGACAGAGACUGUCUGCUGGCGGAGAGGAGCAGCGUGUCGGAGCUGGAGAGCAUGGUGGGGGGGGACAACCCCGAGGCUGAUGGGAACGUCACCUACAUCGACGCCAGCGGAGAAGAGUGUUCGACGCCCUCUGACCUCUCCUAUAAAAUGACGGACCAGGACACCAGGAGGAUGAUUAAACUACGAGCCUCUAACGAAGCGUUGUUCACCGGGAGGAGAAACGCCGCCAAAGCCGCCUGGAAGGCCAUCCUGAAGGAGCUGGGGCUGCAGGGGAAAGUCUCCACCUACCAGAUGGCAAAGAAAUGGGACAAUUUGAAGAGGAGAUACAAGGAUCUGAAGUACCCUCCUGUAGGGAUGGAGAGUGUAGCAGACGGCGCCUCCUCCUGGCCGUGGUUCCACCUGAUGAAUGAAGCCAUGGAGGGUCGCCUGGCAAACAGCGCCCCCCUCCUCACCCCUGUCACCCAGGACGACGAGCAGCACUCUGACCCCGCCCCCAGACACAGGUCCCGCCCCACCCUUCCCCCUCCGCCCGCCUCUUCCUCUGAGUACGGACAGGAGGCGUUCUGCGACGGCGCCGAGCAGAGCCAGCGCAGCUCGGAGGCGUGCGACGGGCCGCUGGGGGGGCUGGACAGGGAGUGGGAGAUGGUGGAGCGGGAGAGGACGGCGCUGGAGCGGGAGAGGGAGAUGGUGGAGAGAGACAGGGCGGCGGUGGAGAGAGAGCGGGCGGCGGUGCAGGCGGAGCGGCUGUGGUUGGAGCGGGAGCGGGCGGCGGUGGAACGGGACAGAGCCAUGCUGGAGCAGGAGAGGGCGGGGCUUAGCAGAGAGAGGGAGGUCCUGGACCAGAGAGCGCUGAUGCUGAACUCUGUGGGACACUCCGGACACCUCAACGCACUCAUGUAG